AUGGUACAGUUGUCUCAUGUUUUCCGUCCCUGUAUUAGCAAUUCCACUUUGUCUCAACAUGGAUGGAAAAAAGACUGUCAGUUGACUUUGUCUUCUCAGUAGUUAACACAAUAACUACAUACAUGCAAACUGGAUAAAUAGCCAAAUUCCUUUCUUUAUUCUCUUAUUAAUUAAUUCUUAGGAAAAAAGUUGUUAUUAAGCAUGACGUACUUAUGUCUUUGUAAAGUGACAGUUCUCAACUAAUUUUGGCUUUUUUGUGCAAAUUGGAACAGGAAUGAAUGACGUGUCACUGCAGACGUUCCUAAUGCAGCAACCCAAAUUAUUGGAAGUUGUUUUUCCACCUCAUGCUGCAAAGCAGAUAAAGCUGUCGAAAUUUCUGGCUAAAGUUUCAUAUGAGAAUGAAAAAGAGGAUAGUGACAAGCAAGCAAGGGCUAUGUUUGAACAGUAUCUGCAUGAAAUUGCCCAAAGGAAGGAAGGUAUUUAAAAUAUCUGUGUUUGUUCAGACCACUUAGCCUUAUAAAUACUUCUCGGUAUUUUUUAAGCACAUUUUCACCUCUGUUUGCCAAGAGUUUAGAUAAACCUGUUAAAACAUUUUUUUAUUAUACAAGGAAACUAUACGUAAAACAAGUUCAUUAAUUAUUAUUACAAUGUUUUAAUUUUUGGAGGUUGUUCUAAGUCAUUAUGAUUUUGGCUAAUUCUAGCACCUAUCCAUUGUUAAUUAUAAGCAGCAUCAAAAAGGCAAAUAACACAGAGUAGAAAGCCAGUAUCAGGGUGCAAAGAAAUCAGUUUUACAGCUUGCCACUCAGGCAAGCUGUAACUACUAAGCAAGUACUAGCCUGAAAGUCAUAUCAAAUUAAUAGCCCCCUCAAGAUUAAUGAGCAGGAUUGAUUACAGUUUUUUCUGUAAUUUGAAUUCCCCUAAAAAGUUUGCAUGCCCAUUGGGAAAGUCAUGAACAGAAUUCACUAGCCCGAUAGCAAACUUCUCUAGCCCCAGGCAGCCUAUCAGAUACUACUUAAUUUCUUUGCAUGUUGAUUUAUCUGCCUAAAAUAAUCCAUUUAUAAACAAAUUUAGAGGUUUGCUGGUUGUCUUAAGCCAUGUUCUAUUUUAGUUUAAAUAAGUGGCCCAUAAUGUCCAAAAUGCUAAAUACAGUCAAAUCUCUCCGACUCGAAUUGACACCGUGAGGAACAUCACUAAGUGUCCAUAUUAGGAAGAAGUCUGUCAAAUAAAAUGACUGAAAAACUACAGGGACUAACUUUAAGUAUGCAUUUUAGGGAGGUGUUAGUCUUAGCUGCCUGUUAAGAGAAAAUUGACUGUAGAUGAUUGGCAGCAAUAUGUUCUUUCAAUUCGUAGGUGAAACUAGGUUAAAUGACUUGUGCUGUUUCUGGACUGGCUGGGAUUUCCUUCCUCCUCGAAGAGAAGUCUUGAUUGCUAAUUUUAGUACAGGGACCGCGGAGGGGGAGGGGCUGGUAGGGCCGCGGCCCCACCACUUUUUUGCGCCCCCGCCCCCACUUUUUGAAAAUCAAAUACUAUGAUUUUAUUCCUUUUUUCGAUUUUCAAUAUGAAAAAAUUAUUUUCAAUUGUCAGCCCUCCCACUUUCCACCUUGCUCCGCGGCCCCUGUAGUAGCAACAAAAGGAGCAAGUUACCAACAUCAGAAACAUGUUUUUUGUCUUUAGUGCUCCCUGUCGGCCAUGAGACUUAUAGAGACUUCCUGAAUGCCAUGGACACUGCUAUCGAGUGUGGCUCCAGGGGAUUUGCAUAUGCAUGA